GGGAUACAUAUAAAUUUUAGUAUAUUUUGUGUGCAAUUCAAAGAAAUUAAUGGCCAUGAGUUCCUAUUUGAUCAACUCCAACUAUGUGGACCCCAAGUUUCCACCCUGCGAGGAAUAUUCCCAGAGCGACUACCUACCCAGUCACUCUCCGGACUACUACAGCGCCCAGAGGCAAGACCCCUCGUUCCAGCAUGAGUCGAUCUACCACCAGCGGUCGGGCUGCGCCGACCCACCCUACUCAUCGUGCCAGGGUCCGGGGCAGCCUGCCGCGGUCAUCUCUCCGCGAAGUCACGUUCUACCCACAACCGCACUCUCGACCCCUCUUCCUGAACCAAGCCAUCACUGCGACUCGGUAACUCCGAGCCCUCCGCCUGCCUGCGGUCAGACUCCCACUAGCCAAAACACUUCAACGGUCACUUCAAGAAAAGAUCCCGUGGUAUACCCCUGGAUGAAAAAAGUCCACGUAAACAUCGUGAACCCGAACUACUCAGGGGGUGAACCCAAGCGCUCACGCACAGCCUACACGCGGCAGCAAGUCUUGGAAUUGGAGAAAGAGUUCCAUUACAACCGCUAUCUGACUCGCAGACGGAGGGUGGAGAUUGCCCAUACACUAUGCCUAUCCGAACGACAGAUUAAGAUUUGGUUUCAGAACCGUCGCAUGAAGUGGAAGAAGGACCAUAAGCUUCCCAACACCAAAAUACGCAGCAGCUCUGCCAACACUAAUUCAAGCAGCGGCCCUACACUGGGAAGCAAUCAGAACCGAGCAAGCGGACCUCCGCCAAGUCUAUAGCCCUCCACUGUUGCCCAAAACACGUACAAUGAUCAAAUCUAAUUUUCUGGAGUGUAGAACGUGGAUUUUACCCGCGUUGUGUCUCCCAACUCUCCCCUGCACUCUAAUUACAGGGAUAAAAUAGGAGGAAGAUGUGGGGGAAAGGAGCAAAGAAAUUGUUCAUCUUUUUAACACUAAAAAUGGGUGAAGACUCGAACUCAAAUGCUACUAUAUAUGGGUUGCCUUCCCAGUCUGGUUCCCAUUUUCGCCUCUCCUGCUCACUCGCCCCUUCCAUAAGCACAGAAAGGCGGCAGAUAGCUUUCAGAUUUGGUGAAGAUGGAUCCGUGUUUCAUCUUUAAUCACGCCAAACUCGGCCCCAUUUGUCAUGUUUACUCUGUGGUACAAAGGAUGAACCGUAGGCCUGCCCAUUACCUCGACGUCUAGCGUUGUGCUUAAUAAAUGAGUCGCUCUGUUUUGUCGAGAAGCCUUUUCGAACUCCCUUUAU